AUGUCUGAAGGAUACGAGCCUCCAUGGUGGUUCCCUAUUUCUACGGCUAUGGCGAUGCGUCAUGUUGCAGAAACUGAAAUGAAUUUAGAGAAUUUCGAAAAUUACUUGAUGUUAAGAAUGAAUCAUGAUCCAGAAGAACUGAUAGAAGUUGUUCGAUUCCUUGGUAUAUUCAAAUCACAGCGAAAACGCUUAACUUUGAUGCUUUCUAUGUUCAAAUGUAAUUCAAUUUACUAUAAUUACCAGUUUUACGUGUUUAAGAGAGUAUUUACUGCUCAUGAAUGCGGAUGUCCUAAAUUCUAUCAAGAGAACUUGGAUAAGUUGCAUAGAGAAUUCUUAGUUGGCUUAACUUUGUUUUGGAAAGCACGUGAAAACAAUGAAAAAAUCAAAGCAUUCAUUUAUGCAACGAAAACUGCUUUCACACAUAUAGAAAUGAUUAACUUAGUUAACUAUUUAGUUUAUGUUUAUCAUUAUGACUAUUUAUGUCAUCAAUCUUAUUCAGAAAUUUUGUUAGUUGCUCAAGGGGAACCAAGAAAAAGUUAUUUAUACAGAAGAUUUGCGAACAUUUUAAGAGAUAGUCCUAAUUCUGUUCCUGACUUCAUCUUCAAGAAAAUCGAACAAUACUAUCCUCUUUCUCAUGAAAUGUUCCAAAACGAAGUUUCUAAAAGUGAAGACACUUUUUCAAGAGGUUCAGGAAGUUCGAAAACAAAUGGAUAUUCUCAAUUGCGAUUUCAUAUUGAUGAAUCAACAAUUUAUAGAGAAGAUGACAAAGAUAACUCGAAUAUUGCAAUGAUGGUUAUAAAAUCAAAGAGAUUUAAAGCAUUAGGAUUGAUAACUGCUUUCGUAAUUUCUUUGAUUUGGGCAUGUUUAUAUUCGGAUAAAACAAUGAGAUUACAAGAUAAACGAGACAAAUCAAUUAUGAACAUCAAAAAUUUAGUUUCAGAGACAAUUGACACUAGUACUAAAUUAAGUGCAGGAUUAAUCAUGCAACCUAUAUUAAUCAAAUACAAAAAUGAGAUAAAAGAUCCUGAAAAAUGCAAAGAAAUAUUACCAAUGAUAUAUGAAGACAUAAAAGAAUAUUUGGGUUAUGUCAACAAAAAUUAUCAGUUUUUCACAAAAUCUCUUUGUUAUUAUUCGGAGUAUAUUGCGAAAUCUGAUUGUAGAACAUUGUCAAACUCUUCAAAAGUGAUUGUAGAAACACUUAAUCUUAUCAACAAAAACUAUCAAUAUUUCGAUCAAAAUAUUUCAACAAUUUUUAAUAUCAAUUUUUCAAAAGUUCAUUUGAAAUUGUCACUUUUACUUUUGUUACUUUCAUUUGUUGGUGGAUUUAUAUCAUUAACAUUAACAUUCUUUAAUGUCAACUAUUCAUUAAAGAACAUUCCAAAAGAGGCUUAUCAAUUCCUGGCUUCAAAUGAAAGAUUAAGUUUAAUGUUGUUGAAAAAAUCUUUGGAAAUGUGCGAUUUAUUCCAAUUGAUUUUUCCUCGGAAUGAUAAAAAUGAUAUUCCUAAACCAAUCAUUAAACCACCAAGUAUUAAUACCCAGAACUUGAAAGAGAGAAGGACAUUGAAUGUUAUCAAAGCAUCUGCAAGAAAACACAUUUCUAUAUCUCCUUGUACACCUCAUGUUAGUUUGAAAGAUGCAAAAGUUCGUGUGAGUUUUUUGGGAGCUGAUCAAAUGUUGAGUCCUGCAACAUUCGCAUUGAUGUCUCCUUUCGUUAGUUCUUCAACACCUCCUACAGCUUUGAAUGCUUCUAAUUCGAGUUUCCUUUGUUCGAGUAAUUCAAGUAAUACAAGUGCAAGUGCAAGCGAAGUUGAAGAUGAUUUUAGUGAUUCUUCCAUAUUCGAGAACUCAGCAAAUGAAGCAACAAGUCCUCCAAAUGAAUUAACCAUUCCUGCUGAUUCAGUAAACACCAUGGAAUUAGUUACAAAAACAAUAGAAAACACUAAAAGUAACUACAAAAUAUUGAACGUCAAUUUACUUUUGAUGUUCAUUUUCCCAUGGUUAAUGACAUAUUUAAUUGUUUUGUAUUCAGGAAUUGUCAUCAAUUUCCAACAGAACAAGAACUUGGAGUUCAUGAACAACAUCUACAAAGACAUAAAAGAAUUUCAUAUCCUUCCAGAAAAGAUGUACAAACUAUAUAUGAAUGAAUCGAAUUACAUCAAAAACACAAAGAAAAUGAUAAAACAAUUAUCAAAACAUUCGAGAAACCUUCCAAAUUUAGUUGAAAAUGCUGAUGUUGUUUUAUCAUUUUCUUUGACUGGAUGGUUGAGUUGGUCUAUCUUUGCUUAUGUUCUAUGGAUUAUAUUAGGAUGCGCGAUGUAUCAUAUUGAACAAUCAUUAGAUGAAGGUUAUGAUUCCCUGUUUCAUUUCCCGACAUCUUAUAUCGAUGACAUCAAACAAGAAAAAGACUCUGCUCCUCAAGAACUAUCUGCUGAUAAUAUCUUAGAAAUAUAUAUGUCUUUCAAGCCUGGAUCGAUCGCUGCGAACGCGUGA